UUCGUUUAAUAUCUUUCAGUUUAACUUCUGGCCUGCAUAGUUAAGAUGGGAAGAUCAACUUUGCUGUGUGUGUUGCUGUGUUGGACUCUUCUGUGUGAGUGUCAGUCAGACAGGAGUCAAGCCAGUACAUCAAGAUGCUGGACUACUGUACACGACGAAGACCCCCCGCCGGCGUCAGCACCCGAGGACUUCGCCAUGAUGGCGCGAUACGUUGUCGAGUUCGCUAAACUGAUAAAUGUGAACGAAAUAUAUUUUUGCGUGACGCAAGAAUCCGGUUUACACGAGAGGACAUUAAAGCACAUUUUUGCCUCAACAUUGACUCGACAUAUGAUAUUCUUCUCGCCGUGUAACAUUGGUGCGAUGUGGGCCAGCGUACAGGCUCUGGAUGCUGGUUCAUUUCCUGAGAAUACCAUCCCACGGUUCCUCCGCCCAGCUGCUCUACACAUCACCUCCCGGACUGGACUCGCUACUACACUCUCCUCCUUAUGGCACAAAGACGUUGGAUACCACCUGGGGACUUACCACCUGGUGAUGGGUGUCCACCUUCCCCACUGCCAGGUGCAACUUAAAGCCAUUGCUCGAUGGUUCCAGGCCUCCUACAAUGUGAGCUCCAAGACAGUAGUAACGGAAGAAGUGUUUUUAUUUGGUGAUGAGAAAGAGAGCUUGCAUGUGCCUGUAACCAGCUGGGGCCCCCAAAAAAAGGGCCAUACUAUCACCGUGCUCCAACAGCCCACACUCGGGCCCCAAGACUUCCAGGGGCAUGUGAUCAAUGUUAUCUCUAUGGAAUAUGCGCCCCAGAUGAUGAAAUCUGCUCCAUGCACCGAGGAGAGUGCCUGCCCUCAAAACCGUCUUGUGGGCGUCACAUUGGGGAAUUCAGCAAAAGCGGUAAAUGAAACUGCUUACUAUGAAGGUUACUUGAUUGACAUUUUACUCACCCUUGCCACGGCUCUCAACUUCAGAGUGAACUUGAGCAUCCUGCACCCAGAUGAUGCUGUGGUUGGUGUUGACACUGGCGAUGGCAACUACUCCGGCCUCGUGGGGGCUCUUCAGUCUCUGAAAGCUGAUGUUGCUCUGUCAGGUUUCUCAAUGACACGUGAACGAUAUCAAGUUAUGGAUUUCUCGGUGCCAGUUGUCUAUAGUAGUGUGGCACUGUAUAUCUGGAGGAACUCUACGCUGCUCACGAUUGGUUGGGACACCUUCGUCCUGUCCUUUCACUGGGGAACCUGGCUGGCUGUUGUUCUUCUGCUUGCCAUAAUGAGCCUUAGCUUUAGUAUCAUAGUUUGGUAUCAGAGUGAUGAAGACCCACACUUCAGGAAUGGAUGCAAUGUUUUCUUCAUGCUUUUCUCGUGUCUCGUACAGCAAGGGUCAUGGAUCCUGCCCGUAACUGGGAGAGCACAAGCUGUCUUAUGGAUGUUUUGGUUUUCAUCAUUGGUGUUGUACGCCUCAUACACAGCUCGUCUCACAUCUUUCUUGACUGUGUCAUCUAUCAGGCUGCCCUUCUAUUCUCUUGAACAAGCUGUUAACACUCCAGGAUGGAAAAUAGGACUCCUAAGAGGCACUUCAACAUCCGAAGAGCUCGAGCGCUCUCAAGAGGACUACCUUCAGAAGAUACACAAUGAGAUUAAACAAAACCCAAGUCUGCUCUUCAGCACUGACAUGGAGGGCAUCAAUCGUAUAUUUACACAGCCACAAUAUGCAAUAUUAUCCGACAGAAUUAUUAUGGAUUAUUUACUGAAGGGUAACUGUUCAGUUAUAGAGGUACCUGGCAGCUACCUGGGCGGGUAUUGGCAUCUUGGAUUCAGAAAAAGGCUGCCGUAUGCCUCCAUUAUUAACCAAGAGCUGAUCAAGAUGUCUUCGGGUGGUAUACUUGACCGCUUGCACCAGCGUUGGUGGGGUAAACCCAUUCCCUGUGAAGCCCCUUCUCCCUACACAGAGCUGGGAUUCUCUAAUAUCUUGACUGCCUUCAUCUUACUGAUUGCUGGAGGCAUUUUAUCAAUACUAUUAUUGAUGUUGGAACUGUGCUAUAAACCUCGAUCAGGCCAAGCCUUAAUGUCUUCCAAUGCUAUACCUUCAACUCUCAAAACUAAAAUCUCAGACUAAUGAAUAGAAAAUCAAAUAUUAGUUGCAAGUCAAAGUU